ACGGUGCGGUGGUGGUGGAUGAUUAUCGGUGAAACGGCAUCCCAGCAGAUCGGACGUUUUCUUGUGUGCUAACAACUUCAAGUUGCUGUCUUGUCCGCGUACUGAAAUUCCAGAAACAACAUGAGGGCUCUCCUAAUCCUAGCGGCAGCCGUAGCUGUAUCCGUCGCCUUCGACUUCCCUGAGGAGUGGGAGCUCUGGAAGAAGGAGCAUAACAAAGUGUACCAAGACCCCCUGACCGAGCUACGUCGCCACACAAUCUGGCAGGCCAACAAGAAGUACGUGGACGAGCACAACGAGCACCUAGCUCCCCUUGUCGGCUUCACGGUGGGAAUGAACGAGUAUGCCGACCUGGACUCAGCCGAGUUUGCCAAGCAGCUCACCGGCUACCGCAACAGACGCAACCGCCUACCGGCCUCCAAGACGUUUGUGGCAACCAAUGCUGCGCUCCCCGACAGUGUGGACUGGCGCACAAAGGGCUAUGUGACAGGGAUCAAGAACCAGGGGCAGUGCGGCUCCUGCUGGUCCUUCAGUGCCACCGGCUCCCUGGAGGGACAGCACUUCAAUGCCACGGGGAACCUGGUCUCCCUGAGUGAGCAGAACCUCGUGGACUGCUCCGGAGCAGAGGGCAACGAGGGAUGCAACGGAGGACUCAUGGACGAUGCCUUCGAGUACGUCAUGAAGAAAGGGAUUGACACCGAGAGCAGCUACCCCUACGUGGCUCGGGACGAAAAAUGCCGCUUCAACAAGGCUAACGUUGGGUCAACUUGCUCCGGUUUCACUGAUGUCAAGCACGAGGACGAGAUGGCUCUCACCCAGGCCAUUGCCACUGUCGGUCCAAUCUCUGUCGCCAUCGACGCCUCCCACAACAGCUUUCAGCUGUACAGCAGUGGAGUCUAUUACGAGCCAUCCUGCUCCCAGACUGAGCUGGACCAUGGAGUCCUGGCUGUCGGCUACGGAACUGACAGCAGCAAGGACAUGUACAUCGUGAAGAACAGCUGGGGCGAAAGCUGGGGGAUGCAGGGCUACAUCUACAUGAGUAGGAACCGCAACAACAACUGCGGCAUCGCCACCGAUGCAUCCUACCCGGAAGUGAAAGCCAACUAA